UUCCAGACAAUAUUGUGGAGGAAUCAUACAUGUUCCAAAAAAGAGAAUUCAGUCAAUUGAUACUCUUUCAUUGGAGUAGUCACAAAAAAUUAGUCCUAGUUGUGAAAAACUUUUUAAAAAAAAUGAAGGAAAAGAUGAAAAAGUACCUGAAGGAUAAUCUCCUGGCCAUUUUAACGGUUAUUGGUGUUGUUACUGGUAUUGUGCUCGGUGUUAUCCUUCAAGCAACCAGCUCUGGUGCAUGGACAUCGCGUAAUGUGAUGUACAUGCAAUACGUUGGGGAUUUAUUCCUUCAAAUGCUACGUGGUUUGGUGCUGCCACUCAUCAUUUCAUCCCUCGUGGCUGCUGUGAGUAGCAUGGAUUUAUCCAUGUCAGGACGAAUUGGUGCCUUUGCCAUUACGUACUACUUCAUUACGACCGUCAUGGCUAUUACUCUUGGUGUUAUUCUUGCGAUUACAAUCAAACCCGGUGCUGGACAGCAAACCGUUGAAGAUGGCGAUCAAGCUGUAGUGGCGCGAAAUGUGACAACUGCUGAUACCAUGCUUGAUUUGAUACGAAAUCUCUUUCCACCCAACUAUGUUCAGGCUGCAAUUCAGCAAUAUCAAACGGAACUUAUUCCCCCGAAUGAAAAUGACACGGAAGCUCUGGAAAAUAUAAAUUUGUGGAAAAUUGAGGGAGUUUUUACAAAUAGCACCAAUAUCCUUGGACUUGUGGUGGCGUCCAUUGCAUUUGGCAUUGCUCUGAGUAUGAUGAAGGAACAAACAACAAUUAUUAAUACCUUUUUCCGUGAACUAAACAUACUGAUGAUGAAAAUAACUGGAUGGGUUAUUUGGCUUUCACCUGUUGGCGUUCUUUUUCUCAUAAGUGCCAAAUUCGUUGAAUCCGACAAUAUGGACGUCUUCAUACGCCUCGGCUUGUACUUUGCCACUGUUCUUGGGGGGAUUCUCUUUCAUGGCUUUAUUGCCCAACCCAUACUUUACUACGUCCUAACACGGAAGAAUCCGUAUGUUGUCGUGCGGCAUAUGGGACAAGCCAUUGCAACGGCUUUUGGGACAUCAUCAAGCUCAGCCACCAUCCCUGUGACACUGCAAUGCUUGGAGGAUAAUCAUGGCUUUGAUAAGCGCAUCACGAGAUUCAUGGUACCCAUUGGAGCGAUGAUUAAUAUGGAUGGGACAGCUCUCUAUGAAGCCGUUGCGGUGAUUUUCAUUGCACAACUCCGAAACAUCCCGCUGUCCUUUGUGGACAUCCUGGCUAUUAGUAUAACAGCCACAGCUGCAAGUAUUGGGGCUGCAAGUAUCCCACAGGCUGGCUUGGUGACCAUGGUGAUGGUGUUGGAUGUUGUUGGGCUCCCACCGGAGGAUGUUAGUCUCAUUUUGGCCGUUGAUUGGCUCCUUGAUCGCUUUAGGACUGUUGUGAAUGUCAUGGGGGAUUCCUAUGGUGUUGGUAUUGUUGAGCAUUGGAGUAGGAAACACCUAAAAGAGCUAAGUAGUCAGCAAACAUUGACUGCUAAUAAUGUUGAAGUUCACGAUGAAAGACUCUAAAAUCUGUUGCAAUUUGUUGUUGUAUUCAAAUUUGUUUUAAUAAAUUAAGUUUUUAACGGAAA